AAUCCCAAGUUCCUGACCAGCCCAGCUCCCUCCACGUUCGUCCCCUGGCCACUGGGAUCGUGAUGAGUUGGACUCCUCCUCUCAAUCCCAACGUUCUCAUCCGGGGAUUCCUCAUCGGUUACGGAGUCGGGAGCCCCUACGCCGACACCGUCAGGGUGGACAGCAGGCAGCGCUUCUACUCCAUCCAAAAUUUGGAGCCCAAUUCCCAUUACGUCAUUUCCCUGAAGGCUUUCAACAACGCUGGAGAGGGAAUCCCGCUCUACGAGAGCGCCACCACCAGGGCUGCAGACCCCUCGGACCCUUCGGAGCUGGAAUUUUUCCCUUCCCUUUUCCCGACCUCCUUCCCAGAUUUUCCCUCUCCUCUCCUCCCUCCCGUUGGAAUCCAGGCUCUUCCCCUUUCCCAGGAUUCCGUCCGAGUGUCCUGGGCCGACAACUCCGGCCCCAGAAUUCCCAAAUUCCCGGAAAAUUCCCAAAUCCGUUUCUACACCGUUCGGUGGAGGAGCAGCUACCCCGGGAAUUCCAAGUACAAG